CUUCCUGCCGCGCGGCUUCCGCGGUUGCCAUAGGAACGGCUCCACUCCUUCGCUCCUGCCCCGCCCCUUUCGUGUUUUUCCUCCCCCCCCCCGAGGUUUUUUUUUGGCGGCGGGGGCGUCUUGGGCAGGACAUGUCCCUCUCGUGCUUCUUUAACCCUCUUCACGGAUGCCUGCUCCACGCGGACGGCCACGGGGAAGUGUGGACCGACUGGAACAGCACGUCCAAGUUCUUCCAGUAUGGCUGGCGGUGCACCACCAACGAGGACAUGUACACCAGCCCGACCCUCCUGGGGAACUGGAACGAGGAGCGUUACGACAUCCAGAAAAGGAGGCAGCUCAAACCUCUCCCUUCCCAGAUGGCCUUCACGAACGACCGUCGUGUAAAACCCAGAAAAUCCACACUUAAGAUUUUGUGCUGUUACACUCACUAUUUCGAGUCCACCUACGCAACAGACUAUUCCAAGGAAAAGCCUCGCAGAUUAAGAAGGGUGACGCGAGAGCCCCACUGGUUCCCCGGACACCAGCCCGAGCUGGAGCCUCCGCCAAUCAAGCCCACCGCCCGGUCGUGCUACAUGAUCGAUUAUGAGUCCCCGCACGGCAGGGCAGCCUGCUCCUUGGUCGAAGCGAAGCCCAAGGAAGCAGCGGAGACGCCGCCCAAGCAGUAGGCCGCUGCUCCAGGAUCCCCUGGGGCUGGAAAUCUCUGCCGGAGGGUCUCCUUGCCCCACCACCAAGUUCAGAAGAAGUGCGGUUGCCUGAGCCGCCGUUCCUAAAAUAAAAGAAAUGCCUGGCAGGAGACUCCCGACA